GACGGCUUGACUCCUUAACCAUUGCGUGGAGGGUCUUUGGCCCGGCUAUAAGUCGGGGAAGCGGGAUAUGCUAGGCAACGCUCUCUGCUCUCGGUCGGAUCUCAGCCAAUACGACAUAUCUCCAUUACCUGGAGUUUUCAGAAAGGGAUUGGUCGCCAUAAUCCUCAUCGCAAGUCUUUCAGCAGUUACGACGUUUGCGCUUUUAAUUUUCAUCACGUACCGGUUGAUCUUCUGGCGGUCGCAUUACUCACGAUACCUUGGCUACAAUCAGUACAUCAUUCUCAUCUACCAGCUCAUUCUUGCCGACCUACAACACGCAUUGGGCUGUUUGAUCUCAGUGAAAUGGUUGAUGGAGGACAAAAUAACUGCGGACUCUUGGACAUGCUUUGGUCAAGGGAUGUGGUUGCAGCUUGCAAACCCUGGCAGUGGUCUUUUUGUGCUUGCAAUUGCCGUCCACACGUAUCUGGCCGUCAUGCUGAACCGAAAAUUGAGCUAUGGAGCGUUUGUCGCUUGCGUAAUCAGCAUCUGGACCUUCAUGGUGGCUAUGGUGAUCAUCCCAAUGGCGAUACACGGACGAGAGGCCAUGGUCCCAUCAGGUGCCUGGUGCUGGAUCAAUUCGAAAUACGAACCCCUUCGUCUCUGCACCCAUUACCUGUGGGUCUUCGCUGCCGAGUUUGGCUCUGUGUGUCUCUAUGCCAUCGUCGCCUUUCGUCUACGUCGAACAAUCACCAACUCUGCAGUCCUUGCGAGCAGACGCACUGAGAGUCUACGCCGGGUCGUUAGGUGCAUGGUUAUUUACCCAAUCGCGUACAUCAUUCUCUCCCUCCCGAUCGCAGCGGGACGCAUGGCAAUGGUGCGAGGGGUCACGCCAAGUCCCGCUUAUUUCUGCGCCGCCGCAACCGUAAUCACGUCCUCCGGGUUCGUCGACGUCGCCAUCUACGCGCUCACCCGCCGCAAACUAAUCAUGGACACAGAGCCGAGCUACGGCCAUACCCGGGACCGUUUCGGCAUCAGCACGCCGCGCAAGCAGGUGCAUCACCUUGCUACCGUCACCGCAGGGGCUAAUUCCAGUGGCGGGGGUAUGAUGAUGUUCAGCACCCGGACUGGGCGAGGCAGCUCUACGGAAAACAUCGUGCACGACUUGAGCGAGGAGUCUUCGGGCUUGGCCCAAGCGUAUAGGUUCACGGCGGUUGAGGUCACAAGUCAACACGUAUAUCCAUCCCAGGCUGAAGCGAGCGAGCGGUCCAGCAAGGAUUCGGAACGAAAUUCCCCUGCUUUGCCACCUGCGACGUUCAGGAUGUGGGGAUGGUGA